CCCCCCAGGAAGGAGCCGUCCCUCCUGUCGCCCUUGCAUUGCUGGGCCGUGUUGCUGCAGCACACACGGCAGCAGAGCCGGGAGAGUGCGGCCCUCAGCGAGGUGCUGGCAGGGCCCCUGGCCCAGCGCCUGGGUCACAUCGCGGAGGAUGUGGGGCGCAUCGUCCGGAAGAGCAGGGAUCUGGAACAGCGGCUGCAGGAUGAGCUUCUGGAGGUGGUCUCAGAGCUCCAGACGGCCAAGAAGACAUACCACCUGUACCACAUGGAGAGCGUGAAUGCCGAGGCCAAGCUCCGGGAAGCCGAGCGGCAGGAGGAGAAGCGGGCGGGCCGGAGUGUCCCUCCACCCGCUGCCGCCACCAGUGAGGCAGGGCCCCUCCGCAAGAGCUCCCUCAAGAAGGGAGGGCGGCUGGUGGAGAAGCGUCAGGCCAAGUUCCUGGAGCACAAGCUCAAGUGCACGAAAGCCCGCAACGAGUACCUGCUCAGCCUGGCCAGUGUCAACGCCGCUGUCAGCAACUACUACUUGCACGAUGUCUUGGACCUCAUGGACUGCUGUGACACCGGGUUCCACUUGGCCCUGGGCCAGGCGCUCCGGAGCUACAUGGCCGCUGAGAACCGCACCCAGGCCUCCCAAGUGCAGGGCCUGGGCAGCCUGGAAGAAGCUCUGGAAGCCCUGGAUCCUCCAAGUGACAAGGCCAAGGUGCUCGAGGUGCACGCUACGGCCUUCUGCCCCCCACUGCGCUUUGACUACCAGCCCCACGAGGGGGAUGAGGUGGUGGAGAUCCAGGUUGAGAUGGAGCUGCGGGACGAGAUUUUGCCCAGAGCCCAGAACAUUCAGAGUCGCCUGGACCGACAGGCCAUCGAGACGGAGGAGGUGAACAAGACGCUGAAGGCCACCCUGCAGGCCCUGCUGGAGGUGGUGGCAUCGGAUGAUGGGGAUGUGCUGGACUGCUUCCAGACCAGCCCUUCCACCGAGUCCCUCAAGUCCACCAGCUCAGACCCAGGCAGUCGGCAGGCCGGCCGGAGGCGGGUCCAGCAGCAGGAGACUGAGACCUUCUACAUCACGAAGCUCCAGGAGUAUCUGAGCGGACGGAGCAUCCUUGCCAAGCUACAGGCCAAGCACGAGAAGCUGCAGGAGGCCCUACAGCAAGGUGACAAGGAGGAGCGGGAGAUGUCUUGGACCCAGUACACGCAGAGAAAACUCCAGAAGAGCCGCCACCCCCGCCCCAGCUCCCAGUAUAACCAGAGGCUCUUUGGGGGAGACUUGGAGAAGUUUAUCCAGAGCUCAGGCCAGCCCGUGCCCCUGGUGGUGGAGAGCUGUAUCCGCUUCAUUAACCUCAAUGGCCUGCAGCACGAGGGCAUCUUCCGAGUAUCGGGUGCACAGCCCCGGGUAUCAGAGAUCCGAGAUGCCUUCGAGAGAGGGGAGGACCCCUUGGUGGAAGGCUGCACGGCCCACGACCUGGACUCAGUGGCCGGGGUGCUGAAGCUCUAUUUCCGGAGCCUGGAGCCCCCGAUCUUCUCCCCGGACCUGUUUGGGGAACUGCUGGCAUCUUCGGAGCUGGAGGCCGCGGCAGCCCGGGUGGAGCACGUGAGCCGCCUGUUGGCACAGCUGCCCACGGCGGUGCUGGUGGUGCUGCGUUACCUCUUCACCUUCCUCAACCACCUGGCCCAGUACAGCGAUGAGAACAUGAUGGACCCCUACAACCUGGCCGUGUGCUUCGGGCCGACGCUGCUGCCCGUACCUGCUGGGCAGGACCCAGUGGCCCUGCAGGGCCGGGUGAACCAGCUGGUACAGACACUCAUCCUGCAGCCCACCCGGGUCUUUCCGCCCCUGACUGCACUGCCGGGGCCCGUCUACGAGAAGUGCAUGGCUCCACCUUCUGCCGGCUGCCUGGGGGACACCCAACUGGAGAGCCUGGCGGGGGAGCACGAGCCGGACCUGGAAGCCGAGAGCCCCGCGCUGGAGGAGGACCUGGAGGGUGUCGUGGAGGCUGUGGCCUGCUUUGCCUACACGGGCCGCACGGCCCAGGAGCUGACGUUCCGGCGGGGAGACGUGCUGCGGCUGCACGAGAGGGCGUCGAGCGACUGGUGGCGGGGGGAGCUGGCCGGCGCGCGGGGCCUCGUCCCCCACAAGUACAUCACGCUGCCCGCGGGGGCAGAGAGGCUGUUGGCGCGUGCCGGGCCGCAGGCCGCAGGGGAGCCAGGGAGCAGUCCCGAGGGCCUCCUGGCUGCGGAGUUCGUCCACCGGCCCGAGCCAUGCACGCCCCCUGAGGCUGUGGCCCCCUUUGGACACAGACGGCACUGCUUGGUCCCAGCCUCCCCGGAGCAGCACGUGGAGGUGGAUAAGGCUGUGGCCCAGAACAUGGACUCCGUGUUUAAGGAGCUCUUGGGCAAGACUGCCGUCCGCCAGGGACUCGGGCCAACACCUGCCACCUCCCCCAGCGCAGGGCCCCGAAGCCCGAAGGCUCCAGCCUGCGGCCGUCUGGGCAAGAACAAAGGCUUCCCCCGUGGUCCCAGGUCCCCAGCCUCCCCCUCGGCAUCCCAUCCCCAGAGCCCGGACUCGGCCUUCAAGCUACACUGA